GCAGUGUGGCCGUUCAGAAAGUCCCACGGUCCCUUCCUUCCGACCUGAGGCAUCGUGAGAUUCCCCGAGACGCACAAAUACAGCCGAUGUCCCUUAUCACCUGCCUGUUCCUCUUCCUUCAUUUCUCAGCACACCACGCAGUCGCUGUUCCGAUCUCAUCCACACGCCCUUGUCAUUCGAGCGCCAGCUCCUCAAUGACAUCAGUCUUGGCCAUAAGUGGUUUCUAUCAUACCGCCAGGUAGCCAUACGCCGCUCGAGUAGCAUGUCCCCGGCGCAUAUCUCGACCCACCGAUCGCCAUGUCUUUGACCGUUGCCUCCACUUUCGCCCGUCGCGGCCGGUGCUCCAGUGCCAUUCAUUCCGGGAUCCGUAACCCAGUCGGGGCCGGUCCUGUUGUCCUCCACCGGCAACAGACAAGGUGCUACCGGUUCAGCCGCAUUUGUCUGUCCUACAUAGGCCGGGACAUUUACCGCCAGCAACAGAAGCUUGCAUACAAGUAUUGCGAUAACCUCAAUUGGCGGCCGUCGUGGAACAAGGACAGUUACUGGCCCGCAAAACCGAGUGAUGGUCAGGCUGCCGAACCGGAUACAACCAAGCGUGCUUCUCCCAGAAGAACCCCAGAUAACCCAGACGGUGUCAGACCCGGCCAGAACAUUGAAGACGCGGAGCGGGCGCCGUUGGAGCAUCUCAUCUUCGGCGAUAAGAAAGGUCAAGGGGGGGAGAGAAACGGCCGCCGAAGCACCACUCGAGCCAUAUCGCAGUCCUCUCACACGGAUGCCAGCACAGACUAUGUCAUUGAUCCGAUCACGAACCGCAAAGUGCUCAAAAGCUCACGCUUGAACAGCGAGGCCCCCGCCUCGUAUACACCCCAAUUCACGUCGUUUAUUGCCCCCAAUGUUGAGGGUACUCCAAUUUUCCCUGACGGGCCACCGCCCGAGGCGGAGCUGAGCAAGUACGGGCCUUUCCUCAGCCAUGAACCUGACGGCAAGUAUGCCGCUACCAGUCUCCUGGACGCGUUGAGCUUGGAACACAAGGAUGUUAGGUGGCACCAAAACGAGACCAUCGCGCCGGCAUCAGCUGCGUCGACACUUGAGUCGUGGGUCCGUCGUUCAGAGCCGGACAGCAAACUGCGAGACGAGCAGAUUAGCCCGACGCCUGAAGAGUUGAGGAAUUACGGCCCCGUCAAAGUCCACGAGCCAGAUGGCAAGUACAAGCUGGAGUAUGAAUCUCCGGUGGACCCGGAAGAGUUGAGCAAGUACGGACCUUUGCUCAGCCAUGAACCAGACGGCAAGUAUGCUGCCAGCUACAUCGAAGUCCCCGACGACGCAGAGUUGGCAGAGUACCGCAGGCCCUUCUUCAGUCACGAACCGGAUGGCAAGUACGCAAUCAAUCACGUUGAGCCAGCACGGGAUGCGGAGGAGCUGGCCAAGUACCGCACGCCUUUCUUCAGCUACGAGCCCGAUGGCAAGUAUGCUGCGUCCUAUCUGGAGCCGGAGCGGGAUGUGGCAGAACUGGCUCGGUAUAAGCCGUUUCGAAGCCAUGAGCCCGACGGCAAGUACGCCGCAGGCAACGCCACUCUUGAUCCGGAGCCGGCCGAGAUUGAGAACUACCAAGCCUUCCGAAGCAAUGAGCCCGACGGGAAAUAUGCUGCCGAAGGCGAGGCUACCAGGCUUGCUGCGAAGGAGGUUGAGGACCUUGCUAAUCACGAGGCCUUCGGCUACGAGGAUGCUGAGACUCAGCCAUUGACUGCCAAGAGCCAGGAGAAUUACGAUGCGCCCGACCCAGCGGAGCUGCAAAAAUACCAAGCUGUGAGAUGGAAUGAGCCGGAUGGACGACCUGCCGAGGAUCAAAUCGUUGACCACAACUUGACAGGGAACUAUGUGCGAGACUUCCCAGAAGACUUCUCCAAGUCUUGGGCCUCCGAGACAUCGGAAGUGACCUCCUCACUACUGUCAGCAGAGCAGAAGGAAUCCAAGGGCACUGUGCAGCCAGCAUUGGAACGGAUGUCCCAGCUGACGGCAACUGCAAACGCCUCAGACACAGCUACCACGCCAUCCCCUGAGCCGGCCAACCCUGCCGGGCCAGCGCUCUACAAAAUUCUUGCCUACAACCCGACAAUGCAGUGCAUCGAAAUCGCCGAGACCAGUUCGACCGUUGCCGACAAUGCUGCUCCCCUGACCCCUGCCGAAGUUCUUCUCCGCAUCUCGAACCCGGCCAAGUUCUUCCCUCACUUUGCUCCCCUCCAAGCCGAGGGCUUCGAAAUUGUAUCCGGCAGCGGUGACGUACUUAUCUUCCGCAAGGUGUCGAACGCAGUUUCCGAGCCCCAGCGUGGCUCCACGACCACUUCUGUCAAUCCCAUCGAUAUGACCGGAGGCACGCGCGAUUAUACCGUUGCCGCAAGUAGGUUCGCCAGUCCCACCGGCUUUGUCAACUAUGAUCUGCCGCCGGAAACAACCGGCCGAGCCGAGUCUGAGGUGCAUCGCAAGGAAACGCACCAAGGCGAGAAGAAUGCUGGGGCGGAGACACCCAGGAAAAAGAGUCUCCCGAAAAAGGUGGUUGUGGGAGCGGCUUGGCUGGCGGGCAUCACGUACUCUGUUGGAGUGGUUAGCGAGUAUUUCAAGACCGGAGGUUCGGAUGGGAAAGGCCAUAAGGGAUUUUGAGGGACUGAUGAGGCUUUCACAUGUUGUUUCCGGUCGUUGCACAGCCUUGUUUUCCUUUGGUCUGUUGGGUUG